GAAUAUUGUUGUAAUGUUUUCGAAAUAUAGUGUGCUGUAUUCCCAUUGAAAUACACGAGCAACAAAAUGAUUACACCAUAUUGACAAAUACGAAUAAUGGAAGUAAGGAGACAAAGCGAUUGAAUAUUGGAAAAGAUGUGAUCUAUCAUAUAGAAUCAUGUUGGAAACUGCAAAGUGGCAUUCACAAGCAUAACAUGAAGUUUUAUCAAAGUAUUAAACAAAUUAAGGAAAUCUUAAAUAUUCAUGGAGAUCUGCCAGUAUCAUCUAAUAUUAAUCUGGAAGGAAUGAAAGAAAAUGAAUUACCGUCUUCUUUUCAUGCAAAACAGUCUGAGGAAAGACUGCCAUCAGAAAAAUAUGAAAUACAAAACUACAUUUUUGAUUGGAAUGCAAUACCUGAAGUAUUUUCUAAUAAAGAGAAUGAAAGAAGAAAAUUAAGAGAAAUAAAUAGAAAUAUUGAAAAAGAAACACAAACUUAUAAAACAAUACUGAAAUUAUUAACCAGAGGAGCAAAUCCAAAUUAUCCUACAGCACCAUAUCCCGUAUUAAUAAUGGCAAUAUUCAGUAAGUCCACGAAUUUAGUACAGCAAUUAUUACUGUACGGGGCAGAUCCAAAUGUAACUCUUAGCAAACAGGAAUAUUCUUUAGCGCCGUUACAUAUUUUGGCUGUAAUUGAACCAAGUUUCGAUAAUUCUAUAAUAGCCAAGUCUUUAAUACAUGCCAAUGCCGAUGUUAACCUUAGGACUGACUCCACGUAUCGUCCAGAUGUGAAAGCUCGUGUGUCAGAAAGUCGAUCAACGGAAUUUCUUGAUGACAGUCAAGGUUUUACAGCUCUACAUCUCUUAGCUCUUAGAUCGGAUUAUAAGACAGAUAAAAAUCAAUUUUUGACACAAUUGGUAUGCGCCCUGCUUUGCAAUGGGAGUAACAAAAGUUACCAAUUUUAUCAAGGACACAGUGCUCUUUCGUUGGCAAUUGUAGAAGAGAACAUAGAUGCAAUGAAAUUACUUCUGCAAACUGGUCAAAUUAAUGUCAACGAACAAUUGGGAUAUGAUGUAGGUAGUUGUAUGCUGAUGAUGGUGUCUUGCCGGUUGCAAGAGAAACUGUCUGCUUCAUUCAUAGAAAAAUCGAUUCCGUUGUUAAUGAACUUCGGCGGUUGUCCUCUCACUCGGUGCAAGAUAAUAAGCCGAGAUUAUAACCAAUUAGAGUAUGCAAGAGAAGAAUUACAUUCUUUGAUACAUAAAUCAUCGGAAAACGUCAGUGAUAUCAAAAUGGAUAGUAAAUUGAAGGAACAUGAAGAAAAAAAAUCUGUUAGGGCAAUAUAUAAAUAUUUCGUAGAAAUUAUAACUUUUUUAGAGAAUGCCGCCAGAAAUUUAAUGAAACGGCGAAUUUGUGGAAAGAUUGUUAGAAAAAUGGUUAACUCUUAUUCAUAUUCUGAGAUCGAUCUAAUCAGAACUAAAUCACAUUUGGAUGAUAAAUUAAUGAAAUUUGCAUCAGCAUGGAUGAACGCUACGGAGUUGGCAUUUACUAUGAGCAUUAUGAAAUAUGGUCAUGAAGACAUUAAGAAAGUAUUAAUUGCAUAUCUAGGAUCAAAAUUACGGAGAAUAUCAACAUCAAAUAACAUAAUUGCUGCUAAUGCUCAAAAGAUUAUUUCAGGAAUUUCUGAUAACAAUAGACCUGUAAUAACCAAUGAUGAAUGUACACAAUAUUCUGAAAGGCACGUUAUUCAUCCGCCCGAAACUGAUCCUGAUGUGAAGAAAUUCAUGGUUUGCUUUGAAUGCUUUAUGAUGCACAAUAAAGUCUUAAUUUGGUGUCCGAUAUGCAGAUUGGUUCUUUUUUGUUCUCAAACUUGUAACAUUAACAAUAUAAGACGAUCGCAGAAUCCUCACACAUGUAAAGCGUUUUACAAUGAAGAAUUAGAAAAUCUUGAAAGAAUAGCAAACUCAAUUGGAGUACAUCCAAGAGAAUUUCUGCGCAAUUAUAUGCUCAAAUCUGACAAUGAAGGAAGUAUUAAAAAUGUGUAUAAGUAUAAUAGAAGCAUGCAAAAGAAAAAUAAUAGCCCUAAAAAGUGGAAGCCACAUGAAUUUUCAAUAAUGCCAGAAUGGAAAAAGAUUAUGCUAAAUGUGUGCAAGAUUCAUAAAGUAAAUGUUAAGAAUAAAGUAAAAGAUAUGGAAUUGCGUAAUUAUGAUGAGGUCAAAGCAAGUGAGGAAGAUAAUUUGCCAAUUUUUACUAAUAAAAAACAUUACCUUGACAUACCGAAUUAUUACUACAUGAACUUGGAGAGCAAUAUAAGUCAAAUAAAUAAAAUAGCAAACCAAGCGUCAUCAUUGAAAUCGCCUGUAUUCGAUGUAAAACGUGGUAAAAAACAAUUUAUAAAAGGUUUGAAUGAUAACUGGAAACAUUAUGCAGAUUACUAUAAUGAUGAAGAAAGAAUGCGCGAGAGGGAGAAAAGAUAUUACGUAAUGAGUCACAGAACACAACGCACUAGCAUAGAAUGUAAAACUCGAGAAAAGUUAAACAUUUUUGAUAUCUCCAUAAAGAAAGCACAACAAACAGAUGAUACUUAUAAACAUAACGAGAAAUUAGGUGAUGAUGAAGAAAAAAUAGCACGAGAAAUGUAUAAAUUGAAAAAUAUUCAAGAUAAUAAAGUGUCAUGUAUUAAUAAGAAUCGCAAAUCGCCAUUGGGAAAAUUAGUAAAUUUAAAGAAUGAAAAUAUGUUAGAUAAAGGAAAAAGAAAAAGUGCGAUAAGUCAGAAUAAUAAGUAUUCUAAAGUGGAAGAGAAACAUGCCCACAGCAGAUUGAAAAAAGAAAUGAUCUCUGAUAAAAAUCGAUAUAUUCGUACCACUGUUAUUACUUAUGAAUUGAAAAAAACAAACCAGCAGAAAAAACAAUUUUUUAGUCGUAAUAAAAAAGAAAGACAAUUGCUGCAAAAUGAAAAAAGAUUAAAUAGCAUUAAAAAAUACAAAAUUAAUCCGAAUAAUGCUUUUAAUAUGUCUGCAGUAUGGUUACUGGAUUGUGACAAAUUUGCGAAGGAAUUAAAUUCGAAAACUUUCACACUAUCUUACAUAGCAUUCUCAAAUGGUGACAUUUAUUAUAGUAAUAAACAAAUAGAUCAAGACACUAAAGCUAUAGAUAAUUACAGUUUACUGUAAUAAUCGGUUGUGAAUAGAAUUCAUUAAUAAAUAGAAUUGAUUAAUAAAUCGAACAAUUAAAUUUA